UUUAUACAUUGAGAAAAAAUUGAUCUGUGUUCCCAUGGAAGUGAUUAUUAUUUAUUCAACCGAAUCUGUGUAGUUUCAUAAUAUGCUGCAGCAUGUGUAAGCUAGCGCAGAACUUGUUUUCAAAGCAGCAAACAAACAAUCGGCAGCUAAAACAGUAGAAAAUAGACUGAGGUGAUGAGGGGACGAGCCUAGAUCAGUUACGUUAAACAAAACUGAGCUUCGACGAGACGGAAUGAGCAAAGAGAGCAGAAAUACAUAAAUUUUGGAAUGAAUGGUUAUAAUUGUGUGAAUUGUGCACACAAUCAACUCAGCUGGCCCACUGCCUACCUGUCAGCCGAAGUAUGCUUCGGGACAGGUAUGUGAAUGUGUGUAUGUAUGUAAGUAAUGCGUCAAUUGGUUGCGCGCUCGGCUGGUUUUGAAGCUCUUUAGCUGGAGCGCAGUUUCUCUUCAAGCCGAACGUGAGACUUGGAAGCUUUUUGUUUUGGUUUUCGAUUUUGCCUUUAGUUGUAGAGACGACGCCAAGAGAGUUGGUUGGACGGCUAGCCAGCAGCAGGUGUACAUUGGAAAAAAUCGAAAAAGCACAGCGCGAUUGCCAGCGAUAAUGUUGGAGCAAGACACAACACCAUUGAAGAAAGCAUCUAUAACAGUCGGUACUUCCAACCUCGUAAAUUUGUCGGAACACCACAAAGACAUUUGGCAGAAUGGUGACGUCCAUGGAGGUUCUGAUUCAGGUGAUUCAAUGGAAAUCCUAGAGAAUGCUGUGCUAAUCACGAUUGAUGGGGAGAAGCAUUGGGUCUCUGGUGUUGAUUUAAAUACCACAUGCACGGAUCUGAUCAUUGCUCUGCUGCAUUUUCAAGAUGUCCAAUUAAUGCGAUCCGAUGGACAUGCACAACCAUAUCCAUAUAAUAUAUCCAAAAAAUUAGAUACAUCCAGCCAAAUCCCCAACCAUAAUUCACCAACAACAAAUACCAAAGACAAGGAACACAUUUGUAAAAGCAAAGGUAUUACUAACCAUCACGCAUACGUGAUUGUAAAGCAAUUUCCGGACUGUCGAUUUGAGGAAUAUUUAGAUGGAAGCUCACGACUAUUGGAUGUCAUACCGACAGGGGAUACCCCAUCAAAGAAUCAGUGUGAGCUCCAGCUAAGAUAUCUUGGGGGGACGCCAUUGCAGACAUCGCCGCGCGUCUAUAACCAGAAGCAAAACCAAAUGUUCUCAAUGCUAUCAAUGUCUACCGAUAAGGAUAGUGGCAUGGGCAGCCCAAUGGCCAGUUCCCGAAGUAAUAAAUAUCGGAGACGGCGGGGCAAACAAAAAACUGGAAUAGCCGGAGUUAAAGGCAAUACCCCUUUUCGGGGAGGUGCAGCUCUACCAAAGCGCAGUAAAUUUCAAGUACAGCCUUUCAAUUUGAAUCCAAAUGAGCGCCUAAUGAAUAUUAUAUUAGCUCAAGACGAAACCAUAAACAGGCAAAUAUAUUUGUUGAAUCAAAAGGAACAACAAAUUUUGAAGAUUGAAGAUGAAAAACAUCGAGAACGCGAGCUUGAGUUGGGUAAGAAUUAUAUGCUCGAUGCGUACUUAAAUGCAGCAGAUAACAUACCAAAUAAGAGACUUAAUUCACAUGAUUUUGAUGAUCAACGACAAAAAGUGCUGGAUUCGAACCUGGAUAAGCCACAGCCUGCGCAAUGUUCUUCUGGCGAGGUUAAUGGACUCGAUAGCCCGAACUCAAAGGAGGCAGGGUUAAAUCUUCCUUGUGAUAAAGAAAUUUAUUAUUGGCUAGAAAAAGUACAUGUUCAAAAUGUACUGCUGCAGGGAGAGGAGGAGCAGCUGCUGCGUUUACAUGCAAAGGUGCGAAAGCACCAGAUGCGAUGUGUCUACCACACAAAAGAAGAUGUUUUGCGUCAAAUAGAUAGAUUGGAUAUGAACUUGGCCAACCAGGUAAACGAUAUAUAUAGGGUAGAGCGUCAACUUUUAAUAGCCAAUGAACAGUUGAAAGCCAAAUUGAGCGUCUUAGAAAGUUUGGGACAUGAAUUAGGAACUUUUCCGGCUGCAACCCAGGAAAUCGAUCAAAAUUUACCAGCCUGUUCAACAAAUCUAGCUUUAAAAUGUAAUGAAGAUAUGCUACGUAAUCGGACAUCAAUUGCACAGCAAUUCAUACGAGACUUCCAGGAGAAGGAUAACGUCAAUGCAAAUACAAACUUGAUUAAAAAUAACUCGAACAAGCAAGAUUAUACGGAUGCCAAAAUGUUAAAGAAACAAAUGUUCUUCGCAGUUAACAAUUUUGAAGCUUUAUAUAAUACGUUGCCGGAUAAUACAUAUACUGGAGCAGAUAGUUGCCUUCGAGAUGGCAAAGAAGGGGCAAGAAAUAAUUCUUAUCCUGAAACAAACUUUUCAUUGGGCUUGGCUGAAAGAAUUUUUGAUAUACAACACUUAGGUACACUUGUUUAACUAGUAAAUUGGCAUUUUUGUUAGUUACAGAUUAA